GACUUGCAUGCAUGGCACAUGGCCAGCCUCGUUGCAGGCGCACGUGAAAGAAAGUGAAGAGGAUAAAGACACAGCAAGCAGCGUGCACACGGGGCCGUUGGAAUCGACGAGCGCCAUCGUGAAUCGAGCGGGGCUCCAUUCGGCUCACACCUCUAGCUGGAAAGCUCUUAAAGGACCGCUGGUUUCAUACUCAUGGCGGAUCCACCAACACGAAAGAAAGCCGCCAUCGAAGAGCUUGAUGCACGGGACAACCCCGAACGACCUAGAAGAGGUCGGUCUCCACAGAAGGGAACCUUCGAGGAACCUGAGAAAAAGGACCAUGUCGAAAGGCCCAAAGGAGGCCGGUCUCCACCGAAGGUCUCCUUCGAAGAAGCUGAGAAACGGGACCACUCCGAACGUCCCAGAAGACGCCGGUCUCCGCAGAAGCCCACCUUCGAGGAAACUGAGAAGCGGCGUCAUUCCGAACGCCCUAGAGGAGGUCGAUCUCUGCAAAAAGCCACCUUCGAGGAAGCUGAGAAACGGGACAAUCCCGAACGACCCAAACGAGGCCGGUCUCCGCAAAAGGUCUCCUUCGAAGAACCUGAGAAGCGGUACCAUUCAGAACGGCCCAAAGGAGGCCGGUCGGCACAGAAAGUCACCUUUGAGGAACCUGCUAAACGGGGCAAUCGCGAACGGCCCAGAGGAGGCCGGUCUUUACAGAAGGUCACCUUCGAGACACACGAGAGAAGGAACCCUACAGAACGGCCCAAAGGAGGCCGCUCGCCACGCAAGGUCGCCUUAGACGAAUCAGAGAAAAGGGGCCAUACCGAACGACCCAAAGCAGGCCGGUCCCCACAAAAGGCAGCCUUCGAGGAGUCCGAGAAACGGGACCAUUCUGAACGUCCCAGAAGAAGUCGGUCUUCGCAGAAAGCCACCUUCGAGGAAACUGAGAAACGGUGCCAUUCCGAACGACGCAGGGGUGGCCGCGAAGGGGGAAACAGAGGUGGCCGAAGGCACGGAUCUUACCAUGGCCGCAGUGGAUGCGUGGGCACCAGCCGGACAGGCAUUCUCUACCCGCAGCUGCCGCGUCAGCAGGUUGAAAGCCGGCCCCGAUUGCUGGUGACAGAUACCUGGAGGCGCCCACUUGACAACAUGGUACGGUGCCCUUUCGACACAUCGCACCUGAUACCAGCCUCUGCACGCGCUGCCCACGUCCGUCACUGCCCACGCAAGAGGAACGGGGCCACAGCUCGGCGCUACCACAGGGCCGAGCUGCCAAUGGAGGAGAACUGGGAACCAGAGAUUGUUCCUGGAAAAGCUGGAUACGUGCCGCCUGUAAAUUUGGACUUCCCCGUCUUUCGUGAGGUGCAGAGCCUAACCCCAAAGCAGAGGAGAGACUACUACAGCGACCUGUUGAAGCAACACAAGCUUGCAGAAGAAAACAAUGCUGCCACGCACCGACAUGGAGACUCGGAAGAAACCGAAGAGUCCACCAUUUCAAAUAUGUCGACAGCAAGCACGCCUACGGACUUAAGUCAAAGCAGCGCAGAGGAUUUAGACUGCCAGAUCGAUGGGCCGCUACCUGUUACGCCUGGCCCGCCGGUGUCCGCAAACUUGAACACAGCGAACCUUGUGGCGUCCAACGUGCCGGAGUCUGCAAAAGAGCCGGUGCCCCACCUGCCCGCAUCGGUGACCUUGCCGGCAGCGAAACAGCCGGAGCCCACGAACUCGCACGCACAGAACCAGCCGGAGCCCGAAAACUUGACAUCGCCAGCAAAUUCGCCGGGGCACAAAAUGUCAGAUCUCGCGAACUUGGCGCCACCAAACUUGCCGGAAAUCGCAAAUUUCCAAAAGCCGGUGAAUAAUCAGCAGCUUACGAAGCUACCCGAGCAAGCACAGCUGUCAGAGGCCGAGAAGCUGUCGGAACUCGAUAACAUGCAGACACCGGACAAUACUCCACCCGGCAAUCUGCUCUCGGAGCUUCCGGCGCCCGCGAAGGUGCCAGUGCCUGCGAAGUCUCAAGCGUCUGCGAACUUGCCAGUGGCGAACGAGCCAGAGCCCGCGCACAAUUCGGCGCCCGCGAAACCGGUGGUGCCUGUUAAGGUUCAGCCACCUGUCAGCCUUGUGGCGACCGCAAAUCUGACGAAACCCAGAAACGUGCCGACAUCCAAAAUGCCGGAACGUGCUAAUCAUCAGGUGCGCAUGAGCCUGGCGGCGCCCGCAAGCAUGCCGAAAUCCGGGAACAUGCCGGCAGCCAACAUUAAGGCUCCCGCUAAACUCCAGGCGUGGAUUAGCCUCGCGGCGCCCACAAACGUGUCGACACCUGAGAUCACCUCAGCACCAGGUACUACGGCUCCCGCUAAGGUUCAAGCGCGCGUCAGCCUGGCGGCGCCCACAAAGAAGCCGAAACCUGGGAACAUGACUCCAAUCGUUAAAGCACCCGCUAAAAUUCAGGCUCGCGUCAGCCUGGCGGCGCCCGCAAAUCUACCGAAACCGGAAAACCUGCAUGCAGCUAAUAUUAAAUCGCGUUCUAAGCUUCAGACGCACAUCAUUUUGCCUGUGCCUAACCUGCAGAAGCCUGCCAACACGCCGGCACCCAGCAUUUCGACGUCCCCAAGUGUUCCAGUCCUGAACAUUAAAGAGACCCGGACACUCGGGGAACCCCGAGAGUUACUAACGCCGACUAAACUACUGAAGCCACCGGACACGCCAGCGCCGAACUUUUCAUCACACUCUAAGGUUCAAACGCUUGAGAACACGCCCGCGAAGCUUCUGGUGCCCGCAAAGCCUUCGGCAUCCGCGAACCUGCCAGCACAAAACCUUACAGAGCCCGGGAAUCACCCGAUACCCACAAAAAUGCCGAUACCCACCAACCUGUCGGCACCCAAACUUCCCGCGGUGACAAACAUUCCAACCACCACGAACCUGUUGUUAUCCGAAAAGCUUCCGGCGUCCGUGAACAUGCAAGUGCAAUUCAUUCCAGAGAGCGAGAACUCUCCGGCGCUCGUGACCCUGCCGAAACCAGCACCCAACCUUCCGGUGACAAAGGACAGCACCAGUACCACGAACCUGCUGGCAUCCGAAAAGCUUGAGACAACGAGCAUGCAACCACUGAAUAUUUCAGAAUCCGGAAUCCUUCCAGUGACCGCGAACUCAAUCGAGCCCGCGAACCUGUCCAAGCUCAGCACUGCGCCGAAGCCCGCCAACCUGCCGCCACACAACUUUCCGGCGUCCACGAAGUCUCCGUUUGCCACGGACCUACCGGCUUCCGAAAAGCUUCCAGCAUCCAUGGACACGCCAGUGCUGAACUUUCUAGAGUCCACAAACAUUUCAGCAUUAGCCAACCCUCCGAAGCACGAGAACUUUCCAGCACCUGCUGAACUUCUGGCGCACGUCAGCCUGGUGGCACCUGCGAGCAACAUGUCAUCACCCAGCUCUCCACCCUCCAUAAAUGCUUCGGUUUCCGUGAACCCGCCGACACCCAUUCAUCUGCCGCACGUGAACAUUUUGGGGUCUACGAACAUGCCGAGACACGCGAGCUUUCUGGCACCCAACUUUCCUAUGACCACAAGCCACCCACCGAACCUGCACACGUCCGCGAGUGCAGCGGAGCCAAUAAACCAGCCAGCAACGAGGGUGCAGGCGCCCGCCAAGCUCCCAGAGCCGUCGACGAAUGACAACGUCGGGCAGCUAGCCCCACUGGCCCGUCCCCUUGACGCAGUCUGUUCGUGGGGGCAGCAGCAGUCACCAGAUUUCGACACCUUCUAUGACCCGUACACUAACGAGGCGUCGUACCAAGCGGCCGGCCGAGGCGCUCCGAUCCGAAGGAGGUCCGUGCACGGAUGGCUAGUGGAGCGUGACGACGACGGCAACGUCUGUUACCAGUUUGGUCGAGGCCGUCCCUUGUUUUGAGCUCGCCACUGCACGCCAAGGCCUGCUGCCCCUGGGUUCCACAACGGCUCGCGCUCUUUUUUUUUUUUUUUUGCAAUGUGCUUGUACAUGGAGCAUACAAGCUCACAUUCGCCCGCAGAGGUUUUCGCCAUGUUCACAGUGGCCUCGUCUUCCAUCAACCGGCGCCCUUCAUUGACAAAAGUAGCAGCAGUAGCAGGCAGUCGAACAUCCAAAUGGCUCUUUCAUUUGAUGCUGCCAGCCGCAGAGUUUUGUGUCGAGCUCGGCACGGAGGGUUAAUAAAGGCAAAAGUUUUCCCGCUUUCGAGUGUCCCCGCUGCA